ACUGGCCAGCUGUGGCCUGUGCAUCCUUGUGCAACUAACCCAUAUGGCACAAAGAAUGAUGGAACAAGGGUGCUGGACAGACAGAUAAUAAAACAUAAAACCACAGAAUGCAUAUGUCACUUGCAUUAUCUACACAUGUUGUUUCACAAAGUGGCUGCAGAAAGGCCAUAGCCACAAAGUAAAUCAAAAUGAACUUGCUUUAGAGCCAAAGUAGUGCAUUUAAACAACAAAAAAACAUACAUACCUAUGUAGAAGCAAAUGUCUUACACUAAAUUCUACAAAUAAAUACUUAAAAUUAAAAAAGUUAUCUGCCCAUAGAACAUGACUAUUUCAAACUUGAAAUUGAAAUUGCUUGAAAUUGAAAUUUAAUAAUCAUACAUUUGGAAUAUUGUAAUCUUAUAAUAAGAAAUAUUAGAUACAUUUGACUGUAUGCAAAAUAUAUGCACUUGCUAUGAUGCAAUCCUUUUGCGGCCAUGGACAGAAUAUUUAUAGAUAAUGUAUAUACUGCACUAAUGUGUAAACCAGAGCAUGGCUCGAUUAAAGUUCAGGAAACUGGGCAAGAGCAGGCCUUUGGUCUGGUUUUAGCAUUAAACACUGAUGAGGCAGAAGGCAUUUUCAUUCUCACAGUAGUUAGACAAGGCUGUGACUUCUCGUCUAACUUCCUCUUUACUAGCAAGGAACUUUCUCUCCGCACCUCACCAUUAAAUAUAUUUAAAUCCAGCUAUGAGGUGCCUAUUAUUUAUAUUUAUUCAUUUAGCAAACGCUUAUAUGUAAGUGCUUCUUGUCACAAACCUUAACCACAGAGCUAUCAGCUAUCACUGGCUGCCACUGCACACCAUACAUAGUUGGCAUUAAUGAUUUAUCCUUUCCUAAUAUUGUAUACGCACCAAGCAUAAAAAAGUCUAAAGAGACAUCUAACAAAAAAAAAGGAACAAAAUGUAGCAUUGGGAGCUUUCAGAGGUUUUUUUUUCUUUGCGGAAGCUAAAUCGGCAUCGUUAGACAGAAUUCUGUUUAGCAGACUUUUUUGUCCACAGGAAGCUGCUGUUUAAGCGUUCACAUAGUUACUAAACCCCAGGCCUAGUUUAGGGCAUCCUCUGUAGCCCACACUCUUUUUUCACACAAGACCAAAAAGUAACACAUCUAUCAGUCAGACACACACGCACACCCACAUACAUAUACACACACACACACACACACACACAACCACACACACCAUGUGCCUUCAAAUAGCAGUCACAAAAAGAGAAGUGUGAAAAGAACAGUGUCAUGCUGAGUGCAGAGCGGCUUCUGCACAAGUGCACAGCUCUUAUAAGGCUACACAACACAUAGGCUGACUGUUGGUAAGCACAUGGUUCUGCUGAUCUGAGAAACACCUCAGUGUCCAGCGGAGGAAGAGAGUGAGGAGGAAGAGGCACAGCAUUGUUACAAGAGAAAACUAGAACAAAACAAAGAAAGGUGGGAGAAGGCAAGCGUAUGUUGGCUGGGGGCUCAUGGGGAAUCUCCUGAAAGUGCUGACUUGCGCCGAACUUGAGCAUGGCCCAAUAGUUUUCCUUGACUUUGAACAUGCCCAACCCACAGAGGCGGAGACGGCCGUUUGGAAUCAAGUCAGCGCCGUUCUGGAGGAGGCUCAUGGUAUCCUAGCAGAGUUACAGUCCUACAGCGGAGCAGGGCAAGAGAUAAGAGAGGCUAUUCAGAACCCCAAUGACCUCCAGCUUCAGGAGAAAGCCUGGAACGCUGUGUGCCCCCUGGUGGCCAAGCUGAAGCGAUUCUAUGAAUUUUCACUCAGGUUAGAAAAUGCCCUACGCAGCCUGUUGGAAGCACUGACGAGCCCACCGUACGCUCCCAUGCAGCACCUGGAGAGAGAACAAGCUCUGGCUAAACAGUUUGCAGAGAUCCUGCACUUCACUCUUAGCUUUGACGAGCUAAAGAUGACAAAUCCAGCCAUUCAGAAUGACUUUAGUUACUACAGGAGGACCAUAAGCAGGAAUCGACUGAACAAUCAGCAGUUAGAGGCAGAGAAUGAAGUCAAUAACGAAAUGGCCAAUCGGAUGUCUCUGUUUUAUGCAGAAGCGACACCUAUGCUGAAAACCUUAAGCAAUGCCACAACUAAGUUUGUGUCAGAGAACAAAACUUUGCCUAUUGAAGACACCACAGAUUGCCUGAGCACUAUGGCCUGUGUGUGCCGGGUCAUGCUGGAGACUCCGGAAUACCGGUGCCGUUUCACCAACACAGACACUAUGCUGUUCUGCAUGCGUGUUAUGGUGGGUGUCAUUAUCCUCUACGACCACGUUCACCCCGUGGGUGCCUUCGCUAAAACCUCCAAGAUUGACAUGAAGGGCUGCAUCAAGGUGUUGAAAGAGCAGCCUUCAAACAGCGUGGAGGGACUGCUGAAUGCACUGAGGUACACAACAAGACAUCUAAACGAUGACAGCACCUCUAAACAAAUCCGUGCUCUGCUUCAAUGAGGGGAGAUGCCUGGAGAGAGAGGGUGGAAAUGGAGCGAGUAUGAGAAAGGGAGAGAGAAACAGAUGAAGAAGGAAGUUGCUGACAGAGAAAAAAGUAUGAAAGCUAGAAGUUUUUGGGUGACACACCCACAGAAACCUGUUUGUUUACAUGAAUGAAAUGCAAAAUGUCAAUUUCAAAAACCUAAAUAGGGAAAAAUGGAAAAAAAGUAUAUAUAAUAUAUUGUCAGUUGUUCAUCAUGUCUUUGAUUUUGUAAAAACAUGAAAAGAGAUUAUAGAAAUAUAUAUAUGUAGGUAUAUUAAAAUUAAAAAAAAAAAAAAAAAACAGCUGAAACAGAACCAUGGCUUACCAGAUGAGAACAUUUAAGAAAAAAAAAUCCAUAUAUUAAAGCCCUACGAUCAGAAACAAAAACAACAAAUAAGGUCCAUAUAACUAUGUACUUCUGCAGAUUAUUUUUGCACAUAGAUAAUCCCCUUAAUAAUUAUAAAGAUUUUGAAAAUGGCUUCACAUUGUAUAGUGUAUAGUGUGUAUAGUGCCACUCAGUCUCCAUGCAUUUAAAUUUUAUCUUUAUCUACACCGUGCUUCUUCCAAUUCAUUCUACAGGAGUAUUUAAAUACUGCACUCCCUUUCCAAGUUUCAGUUACAGAAUCAAUUUGUGAAUCAUCCAUGCUAUUUCUGCAGAACUCAGUACCUAUAAAACAAGACACUUGCAUUGCUGUAAAUACUUGAAAAGCACAGGUUAAGGAUUUUUGUUUGACUUAUUCACUAGUGCUGUACAGCAAUACUGAACUAAAAUUACAACUGCAAAAGCAGUUUAGAAUAAGCUGUGUUGUGCCAAUAUAGAAUGAACAGUGAUCAGUUCAUGAACAGAGUAAAGGCCUUAGUGAGGUGUACAUGUAAGGCACUGAAUUAGGAAUUGUUCUGCUUCGGGAAACUUUGUGAGAAGGAAUUGUAAGAAAGCCAUGAAACUCUAUUUCAGAAGCCACUCACAUUUCACGCAGCACUGUAGAUACUAUCUCUGCAACCAUCUCAUCUGAGGACGUGUAGUUUAUCAGGAGUCUACUACAUAUUGAGUGAACUACAGGUCCCAAUUAAUCAGCCGCUUAACACCAACCUCUUAGUAGUACACCACUAAAACACACACUUAUGGUGUGUUAAAUCUACUGAUCAGAAAUACCAGAAAAUCUGACCAUGACAUUGCCUAUUACUGUACUCAAGUUCAAGUUCUGGGCACAUUUAUUCUUGUAGAAAACUGGAAAUCAAUCACUUAUUACUUAUACUCACUUGCACACACACACAAAUACACAGACACACAUGCACACACACAAAGGGCGUACAGCUGAAAAAAUUUAGAAAGUUUUGGUGUAAAUAAGUGAAUAAGCGGAGGAUUUUCCACCAGCCAUCUAAAAGGCCAUGGAACUGAUGCGCUUAAAUUCAACUAGAGAAUGUUUCUUUUAGUAAGAUGCAAUUAAAAAAAAGAUCAUGUCAUAAACAAGUGAAUAUUUAAAAAAUAAAUUAUUUAAUAAAAUUAAGAUGCAACAAAUGCAGUGUUGUAUUUCGAUGUCUAUAGCCCUUAGUUUAACUUAAUUUGAUCUGACAGAAUAUUUUUUAUACAGGGGUAUGUUCACAAACAUAUUCUGUAUAAAUAAAUAGAUGGCAUGCUGUACAACUUCAGAUGAAAUUGUGUAAAUACGGUGUUUUUAUUCAUUUUCAAAUGUUCAGUGACUGAAUUGGGUGUGUGUUGUGUCUAAGAAACCUUGCAUUUGGCUUGGACUAUUGGACUUGCUGUAGUCAUAGGUUCCAGCUCUUCAACUUCAUACUGGCGGAGAAAGUAAUGGGCAAGUUCGAUGGGGGAGGGAGGGGACUGUCCAUUUGCUUGUUAUUUUGUACAUUUUGUGCAACAAUAAACUUGUCAUUUAUUAAGUUCA